AUGGACGAUAGGGGUAUAAUUCCAGAAAAACUAACUCAGGUUUUAAGAAAUUGGAAUAAAGUCAACAAAAAAAUGAAUUUUCCCAAAGCAAUCUAUAUUAUACCAAACCAAAAUCCAACUGGUAUUAUAUAUGACCUUGAAAGAAAAUUAGAAAUCUAUGAUAUAUGCAGAGAAUGGGAUUUAUUAAUAAUAGAGGAUGACCCUCACUUUUUUUUACAAUUUAAUGAAAAGGAUCCAAAUACUGGUAAAAGAAAAUUAGAGAAGUCGUUCUUGUCAAUAGAUCAAGAUAAAAGAGUAAUUAGAGUAGAUACAUUUAGCAAAUUUUUAUCAAGCGGUAUUAGAAUGGGAUUUUUAACUACAAACAGGGUACUUAUUGAUAAGUUGUCAAAUGAAGUUAAUGCAUCAUGUUUUCAUCCAUCUGGUUUAACCCAAAUCACCCUGCUUAAACUAUUUGAGCAAUGGGGUCAAGAGGGUUUUGAUAAACAAGUCUCAAGAGUACAAGAACAACUUAUUGAAAGAAGAGAUAAAAUGAAGCAACUAAUCGACAAGCAUUUAGAUGGCCUAGUUACCUAUAGAGUUCCAGAUUGUGGAUUAUAUUAUUGGAUCAAGCUAAAUGAUGUAGAAUGCUCAUUAAAAUUUUUCAGAAAUAUUUUGCAUGAUAAAAAAGUGUAUUUAGGUUUAGGAAUAUCGCACACCCCCAACAGAAUUAAAACACCAUAUGUAAGAGUAACAUUUUCAUACAUGGAUUAUGAAGAAACAGAUAUUGCAUUUAAAAUAUUAUCGAAAUGUUUAAUAAAGGAAAAAGAAGAUAAAAAAUAA